GCCGUAAAGCAACUCCGGGCAGCGCGGCCUGCCGGGGCGCCCUUGGCGAAACCGUGGGUCAUGGCCGGCGUGGUGCGCGGCGGCGGGGCCGGCCUGGACCUGCUCCGCUCCCUGCCGCGAGUGAGCCUGGCCAACCUGAAGCCCAACGCUGGCUCCAGAAAACGGGAAAGACGUCCAAGAGAUCGGAGAAGAGGUAGGAAAUGUGGCAGAGGCCACAAAGGAGAGAGACAGAGAGGAACUCGACCCCGGCUGGGCUUUGAGGGAGGGCAGACUCCAUUUUACAUCCGAAUCCCAAAAUAUGGGUUCAAUGAAGGACAUAGUUUCAGGCAUCAGUAUCAGCCUUUGAGUCUCAGGAGACUGCAGUAUCUCAUUGAUUUAGGCCGAAUUGAUCCAACACAACCUAUUGACUUAACUCAGCUUGUCAAUGGGAGAGGUGUGACUAUCCAACCACUUAAAAGGGAUUAUGGGGUCCAGCUGGUUGAAGAGGGCGCUGAUACUUUUCAAGCAAAAGUGAAUAUUGAGGUGCAGUUGGCUUCAGAAUUAGCCAUUGCUGCGAUCGAAAGAAAUGGCGGUGUUGUUACUACAGCCUUCUAUGACCCAAGAAGUCUGGAAAUCCUGUGCAAGCCUGUUCCUUUCUUUCUUCGGGGACAGCCCAUUCCAAAGAGAAUGCUCCCACCUGAAGCUCUGGUACCGUAUUACACAGAUGCAAAAAACCGGGGCUACCUGGCUGACCCUGCCAAGUUUCCUGAAGCAAGACUUGAGCUCGCCAUGAAGUACGGCUAUGUUCUUCCCGAUAUUACGAAAGAUGAACUUUUUAAAAUGCUCAGCGCUCGGAAGGAUCCAAGGCAAAUUUUCUUUGGUCUUGCUCCUGGUUGGGUGGUGAAUAUGGCAGAUAAGAAAAUUCUAAAGCCUACAGAUGAGAAUCUCCUCAAGUAUUACAGCUCCUGAACUCCCUUCAGUAAAGCAGACGUGUUGAGAGCUUCUUGGGGGUCUCAAGGCCUCGGAUUGAUCCCCGAGUAAAAUCCCAGGCAGCAGAAGCUGCACAGAACCAAACCUUUCCUGGUGUAUGCCUCAAAAAGUUCAACGGUGAUGGCCUUUAAGCAGGUGAUUUUUUUUAAAAAAGAUUACUUAAAAGCACCUUCCCCCUUUUUGUUAUUUGUUUGUUUUUGAGGCAGGAUUUUUGGCUGUUCUGGAACUCACUCUGUAGGCUAGGCUGGCCUUGAACUCAGAGAGAUUCCCUUGCCUCUGUCUCCCAAGUGCUGGGACUAAAGGUGUGUGUCAUCACUGCUCAGCCUAAUUUUAACUACUUCAAAACUUUUUUUUUUUUUUUUUUUUUUUUUAUUUGGUUUUUCUAGACAAAGUUUCUCUGUAGCUUUGGAGCUUAUCUUGACACUCACUCCGUAGACCAGGCUGGCCUCAAACUCACAGAGAUCCGCCUCCCUCUGCCUCCCGAGUGCUGGGAUUAUUAAAAGGGUGAGCCACCAUCGCCUGGCUAAAACAUGUUUUACUGUCUUCAUGGUCUCUUCUUUCCUGUUUUGUCAGAAUGAAGGGCAAGUGUAGAGGAUUGAUUAGUAGGCCUGGGAGCAGGUGCUAAGGAGCUAUGGCUUCUCUUUCUCAGUAGCCCCAGGGAAGCUCUGCUGCCCACUGUUAGGAUAGUGAAUCCCAGUUGGGAUGGAAAUGGUCAGAAUGUGAUUGACAGCUGGUGAGUCAUAUCAGCAGUGGAGCUAGAGAAGGAAAGGUCAUAAAUUAAUUUUCCCAGCAUUCCUAAGUAUAGAUCGUGAUCAAGCCUUUAGCGUUCGUUGUUCUUGAAGAUAGUGUUCCAAUUGAUAAAAAUUUAUUUGUCUCAGACUUGAAGACAUUUCAGUUUAAGAAACUUAUUGAGUGGUUAUAGAAGCCUGUAACAAAUGGAAAUAGGGGUUUGUGUUUUGUUUUAGGUGGUGGUUUUAAAGCUGGCCUUGAAUCCUGAGCUCUAGCCUUCCUGGCAGGUGGGACUACUAUGCUCAGCUUAAACUCCAUUACUGUAAAAUAUUCAGAAGUUAAUGAGCUUACAGAAGCUUAAUUUACUUAAGUGAUUAUUGUUUUUGUUUGUAUGAAAUAUGGUCUCAUGCAUCCCCUGCUGUCCUUGAAUUCCUGACCCUUUACUUCCCCUGCGUUGAGAUUAUAGGCCUGAGCCAUCAUGCCUAGCUAAACAAUUAAACUUUGAUCUUGAAUAAUUCAUUAGAAUUCUCCAACAGUUAAGGUGAUUCCUAACUGGUUGUCUUAAAAUAAAAACCCAAAACUCACAAAUCAA